AUGUUUCAGCCGGGCAUUGAAGCGUAUCUAGAUGCCAUAAAGCAGCAGUAUGACACGAUUAUGGCCGAGAAUAGGUCUCUUAGGCAAGAGAAUGUUCGGCUUGUAGAGGCAAACAGCCAGUAUGCCAGGAAGAUCCAGUACUAUACAAGUGUUCUGAAUAGGCAGAAGCAUCCACUAUCCGAUGAUCCCGAGACAGCAUUUAUAAAGCCUUCUAAAUAUCUUAAGAGAGGAUGUGACUGGUACUGUGAUGGAGACAACCUGUGUAAGGUCAGCGUCUGUGCAAGGGUAGUGAUGCCUGGAAAGAUAACAAAUGCAGUUAUAAGUUCGUGUGGAAGGUUUGUGGCGUUUGGAUGUGGAUAUAAAGUGUUCGUUAUAAUGGAGAAUGUAAUAUGGUUCCUGAACGCCUCCUCAGAAAAAAUGGAAAGAUAUGAAGAAAGGAUGUGUGAAGGGGAAACACAGGAAUAUAGAAUAUGCCCUAUGGACUUUACUCAGGACUCUCUUCGCCUAUAUGCAGCAGACGGAAAGGGAGGAGUAAGGGUAUGGAAUCUGGCUAGCAAAUUGCAGGAAGGAUUACUGAAGUCCUGUGACCCGAUAGCUCUCAAAAUAGUUAGAGACAUGAUGUUUACUACUGAGUGGGAUAAGACUGUGAAUGUGUAUAGUUUGAAUGAGAAAAUGCUUAGUUUGAACUCUGGAGAGGAGUUCAGCGGGCCUAUGGCUGUGAGUCCUAACGGGAGCUUUGUAUAUGCAGUUGUGAACAGAAGCAAGAUUCUUAUUCUUGACGUGAAGGCCGAAACGACGUACCUGACGAACACUAAUGAGGAGCGGAUUCUGGCAAUGUCUGUUUCUGGCGAGCGCAUGAUGAUGUCUGCCGGAGGAUAUGGACGGAAUGUUGGGCUUUACAGAAUAAAGCCAGAAAGACCUUCGUGUAGAUGCCAGGAUGCCAUUGAGCAGAAGGGAACUGUUCUUUCGCUAGGGUUCAUUAGAAACCAUCUGUUGGUGGGGCAGCCUGAGGGUGUUAUAAUCUGGGACCUGGAGGAAAAGAGAAGUAUGAGGAUACAGAUUCACGAGUCCAAUGUAAUCGGUAUAUCCACAUCUAAGAACUUCUUCACAACAGUCGACAACAAUGGAAUUCUGCGAAUAUGGAGGUACAACCCUGUUGAAUAA